AUGCUUUUCUUCAAAAUCAUCAUUGCUGCUGUUCUUGCAGCCACAACCUCUGCCCGCCGCGUCCAAGUUGACCAAACUGUAAAUCGUGAAGUCCUACAACGCCGAUCUGUAGAGUUCACUUCCACCAUCGAAAAGAGGUCCUCAAAACCCCUCCAAACUCGUGGCUCCAAAAGUAAUAGCGUCCCGAACCUUACCAAGCCCCAACCUCAGACGAUCAACCCACCCUGCGACCCAUGUGAUGAUGGACCCGGUUGUUGCUGA